AUGGCUCCUCUUGAGACGCUUGAGACGCCGAUUCCUGUGACGCUCAUCGCGGGCUCUUUCGGAGCAGGGAAGACCACUCUCUGCAACGAGCUGCUGGAGCUCCUUGCGCCCAAGGCAAAGAAAGUGGCUGUGAUUACCCACCGCUUUGCUGAAGAGUACUGUUGCCAGCCUUUGGUCAUCGACUCCUCCCGUUGCGACUUAUUGGAGGAGGUCUAUGACUAUGGCAGCGGCUGUCUGUGUUGUACCCCAGGAGGCGAGCUCAACCAGCGCUUGAACAGCAUGAUCAUGUGGGGUGAGCAGUACGAUCACGUGUUGAUUCGGACUGGCCCCGCUGCUGAUCCCAUGAUCUUUGCUGAUGCAGUCCAACGUAGCCGUUCCUACACGGUUGCUGGAGUGGUGACAGUGGUUGAUGCAACCACGCCAUGCUUUGAAGAUCGGCUACUGUCAGGCGCUUCCCUCGACCAGCUAUGUGCUGCCGAUGUCCUGGUUGUUCGCUCCCAGGAUCAAGAUGCCAGUGAGCUCCUUGCGUCACUGAAGAUGAAGGACGUCGUAGCACCCAUGCACUUGUGGAAAAGCACUUUGGUCGAAGAUGAUCUGGCCUUGUUGACUUGCCGCCCCGCUGGCAGAGUGUACGCGUGCAAGCCGUCGAACCUGGUCCCAAACUUCAUGGCCGCUCACGACACCACAUUCCGAUCUGUUCAGAUCGUGGAAAACGGCACCGUUGCGAAUGUGGAAGUUGUCAAGGGCUGGAUUGAGAACUUGAUGAACCAGGGCUUCUGUCUUCGCUUGAAGGCUGUGUUGCCUGUGGCUGAUGGAAGCGAGUUCUUGCUGGUCAGCGCCUUGCGUGGCAAGCCGGCAGAAUACCAUCUGGUUGCAGAGGCACCGCCCCAGAUCUACAUGGGUGACCUGCAAGUGCUUGUGGGCAUGCGGGACAUGGAUGUAGAUGCGCCGAUGUGCCGUGUUUUCAUACUGUUGGGCCCGCCAUCGGCAAAAGGUUUGGGCGAUUUGCCCGAGCUGAUCGCUGCCAUGCCUUCCAGUGUAGAUCUGUCUGAAGCCUUCCAAGAAGAAAUUCUCUGCCGCUGA